AUAGAAAAAGCCAAAUUAGCAUCAUUAAUCUUUGUCUUACCCAAGGAAUAAUAAUCACGAUAAGCAUGUGAAGGACUGAGCGGAACAAGAAGCGCAGCGAGCUGAGAAGGAAGGCGAGGAGCACAGCUAAGCCAACUCUAUAAAAGGACCAACCUUUUAAUUUCAUGUUUAUCCAACUCAAAAACAGUGAAUCUGGGAUUUGGUGAUUUUUCCUUUACAAUCCCCUUUUGCCGCACUUUUAUGCAGGCCUGAGUUGAUCAUGGACGUUGUCAGUCAAUUGCGGAGACAGUUCGUUGAUUAUGUUACUUCUCUCUAUCGUGAGGGAUUGGUAGAUGAUCAGUUUACCCAGCUUCAGAAACUGCAAGAUGAAAAUAGCCCUGAUUUUGUGAUUGAGGUCAUCUCUCUCUUCUUUGAUGACUCUGAGAAGCUUAUCAAAAGCAUGGCCAGAGCUCUGGAAAAGCCACAUGCCGUGGAUUUCAAAGAAAUAGACUCCAAUGUUCAUCAACUGAAGGGUAGUAGUUCCAGUGUUGGUGCUGUGAGGAUUAAGAAUAUCUGCGUCGACUUCAGGGCUUGUUGCGAGGCCCAGAACCGCGAAGGGUGUUUGAGAUGCCUGCAACAAGUCAAGCAUGAGUACGCUGUACUGAAGAGCAAGCUUCAAGCUUUAUUCAGGCUGGAACAACAGAUCAUUGCAGCAGGGGGAUCGAUUCCUUUGGUGGAGUAGAUGGUAUUAGUAUCGUUGUUGCUUUUAUGUUAGCAAACAAGGAACAGUUGAUGUUACAGAUACCCUUUUUCUUAGUUUUGUAAUUUCUGUCCAGGCCGCUUGGAAAUACUAGCAGUUUUUCCUAGAUUUAUGUAUAAAGCCUGUGAAAAGGGAGAGUGAUUAUGUGAAUAAUCAUUUCUAACUCUCGCGCUGCAGUUUGCUGAACGUGUUAUAAUUUUCUUUUAAGUUUGAGUCGUCAAAUUUUCUUAAGUAAUCCAAUCUGAAUGCUCCAUUCUCCUAUAAA